GGCGCGGGCCGGGCAGGUGGGUGCUGGGUGUCCGCCGCAGGCCGCCCCGAACUCUGCGCCUCCCGCAGCGGCCACCUCCGGCUCCAGGGUGCAGAGAAGGUGCAGAUGCUGAAGCCAUGGAGCUGAGCUGCAGCGAAGUCCCUCUCUAUGGCCAGACGGCGGUCUAUGCCGAGUUUGACCAGAAGGUCUACCUUCCUAAGGAUGCCGAGUUUUACUUCGUUUACGACGGGGCUCAGCAGAGACACGUCGUGAUGGCCCAGCGGGUGGGGGACAACGUGCUGCAGGCCAGCCUCCCAGGCCACGGGACGCAGGAGGCGGUGACGGUGACCGUGUGCCUGUGCUCGGAAGGCUACUCCCCGGUGACCGUGGGCUGCGGCUCCGUGACGUACGUGGACAACACGGCCUGCAGGCUGGCACGCCUGCUGGUCACCCAGGCCGGUCGCCUCACGGUCGGAAGCCAUCACAGCCUGCUCACACCCUUUGCUCUGACGGCGGGAGACCUGCCGGCCCUGGACGAGGCUCUGGUGCUGGCACUGACACAUCUGCGGCUACCUCCGGGCUGGACCGUCCUGGGGAACCCGCCACCUGAAGUUCCUCUGCACAGAGAGUCUCUUCUGCACCUGACUGUGAGAUGGGGCCUGGUGAAGCUUUCCCAGUUCCUCCUGGGUCUCCCUGGGGGAGUCCAGGCCUGGACGUUGCCCAAUGAAGAGGGGGCCACACCCCUAGACUUAGCGCUACACGGUGGACAUGCCAAGCUGACUGAAGACAUUGCAAAUCUCCAGGCCAGACGCUCCCCCGGCUUCUCUUGUGUGCAGCUCAGCGAGGACGCCUUCCUGCAGUACAUACACACGUCAGGAACGCUGACCCUGACUGUCAAUCACACAGCCAAGCACUUGCUGGAGGCAGACAUCAGACUCUUCAGAAAGUACUUCUGGGACAGAGCUGUUCUCACCAAGGCUAUCAAAGAGCACGAAGCCAAGCCCACGGAAAGCGCAGACACGCCCUCUAGAGCUACAGAAACGGAGGAAGAGAUUAAGAAUUCAGUGUCCGGCAGACCACCAUCUGAGAAGGAAGAUGUACAGCGUGUGAGCAGCCUGCCCACUGGACUGAAUGAACAGGCAGACCAGGACAGGCUGGAUUCUGAUCACUCCUUUGAUGUCCUCAAAAAACCCAAGCAGCCCUCCACAUUCCUUGCGGUAGGACCGCUUUCUGACAGGCUGAACGGUGAUGAUGAAGUCUACGCUAACUGCAUGGUUACAGACCAGGUUGGAGACUUAGACACGAGUCAUAUUAAUAUAGAGGGUCUUGCUGCGAAUGCCUCUGAGUCCCCGGGCUCCGCGCUCGGCCCGCAGAGCUGCAGGCAGAAGCUUCCAACGGAAACCGGCGCCGGCCUGUAUCCACCGAAGGAGACCAAGGCAGCGGCGCCGGACAGCGGAGCCCAGCAGCCUCGCGCCUCACCUAGCUCGCGCGCUCCAGACCUGAGGCUUCCUUUUGGCCUUCCUGGAUCUGACAAGGAACAAAGUCAUGUAAAGAAGAGAAGUUCCAGCCUCGAUGCCCUGGACGCCGACACUGAAGGGAGAGGGCCCUCGGGGUGGCCACACAGACACUGCGCCUCAGUGUCGCAGAGCGUCUCCGGAACUGGGCUUCCCAGCGGCCGUGAACUGGACUCCUGGGAGACCUCCCCGGAAGCAGACUUGAACAUCUCCAGGACCGAGUCACUCUCUUUGUCAAGUGGCCUGCAGUUCAAGGAAUCACUGCUCUCGGGAGUCCGCUCACGCUCCUACUCCUGCUCUUCACCCAAAGUUUCUUUGGGAAGAUCUCCCUUAGUGCGUGACUUUACACUGUGCAGUUCCAGCAAAGAGCAAAGAGCCUAUAGCUUACCGGAGCCACCGGCAGAAGAAAGAAUUCAGGAGGAAGAAUGGGAUAAGUCUAUGCUUCCUGCCAAGUCAGAGUCUGAAAAGUACAAAGUGAGCCGAACCUUCAGCUUCCUCAUGAAUCGGAUGACCAGUCCUCGGAGUAAGUCGAAGACCAAAACCAAGGAUGCCAAAGAGAAAGAGAAACCGAGCCAGCACCAGUUUGUCCCUGGAACAUUCUCCGGUGCUUUGCAGUGUUCGGUCUGUGAUAAGACAAUCUUAGGCAAAGAGUCACUCCAGUGUUCCAGCUGCUGUGCCAGUGUCCACAAAGGCUGUAAGGACGCCGCGUCUCCUUGCACCAAGAAACUCCAAGAGAAAUAUAACAAGAACAAAGCACAGUCCAUCCUUGGAAACCCCGCGUGCAGAGACGCCCCUCCCCCUCCGGACGCCGCCGCCGCCAUGGCCGCCCCCGCGCCCGCCGCGCCCGCCGCGGGAAGCGUCGUCAGGGAGCCGCAGAGCGACGCGAGCCGCCGCCGGAGAAGCCGGCUUCCCCCCGCCGCGCCGCCGCAGCCCGCGGGCUCUGCGCCCUGCACGGAGUCUCCCUUCAGGGACGCCAUCUCUGUGCUGACGUGCGACCGCGUCCUCGCACUCAGCCUCAUCCUGUGUCCAUAUGCCGUGGAUUCCUCCCUGUGGAGUGACCUCAGCGGCGAAGCCCAGGAGCUCGAAGCAGAAUCCUGGAGCCUUUUGGUGGACGCCUCCUUCUGCAGCGAGCAGGAGAGGGACGUCAUCAGAAGGCAGGACGUCAUAUUCGAGCUGAUGCGCACGGAGCGGCACCACCUGCAGACGCUGCUGCUCAUGGCCGAGGUGUUCCGCCGCGGGAUGCGGGAGGAGCUGCGGCUGGCGCGCGGCACGGUGGACGCGGUGUUCCCAGGGCUGGACGCGCUGCUGCGGCUGCACGCCGCCUUCUUCCGCAGCCUGAGCGCCCGGCGCCGGGAGUCGGGUCCGGGGCCCAGGAACUUCCUAGUGCGGCGCAUUGGAGACGUGCUCCUGCGGCAGUUUUCAGAAGAGAACGCAGAUAACAUGAAGAGGGUCUAUGGUGAAUUCUGCAGCCACCACAAAGAAGCCAUCAGUCUGUUCAAAGAACUGCAGCAGAACAAAAAGUUUCAGAACUUUAUCAAGCUCCGUAACAGCCACCUGCUGGCUCGCCGCCGAGGGAUCCCCGAGUGCAUUCUGCUGGUGACCCAGCGCAUCACCAAGUACCCGGUGCUCGUGGAGAGGAUACUGCAGUGCACCAGGGAAGGGACAGAAGAGCACAAGGACUUGUGCAGAGCCCUGGGCUUGAUCAAGGACGUGAUCGCCGCCGUGGACGUCAGAGUCAGCCAGUAUGAGAAAAGCCAGAAGUGGCUGGAGAUCCUCAGUAAGAUCGAAAGCAAGACGUUCACCAAGCUCAAGAGUGGCCACGUGUUCAGGAAGCAGAGCCUGGUGAGCCGGGACAGGAAGCUGCUGCAUGAGGGCCUCGUUUACUGGAAGACCGCGGCGGGUCGGUUCAAAGAUAUACUAGCUCUACUUCUAACUGAUGUGCUACUCUUUCUACAAGAAAAAGACCAGAAGUACACCUUUGCCGCUGUUGACCAGAAGCCCUCCGUCAUCUCCCUGCAGAAGCUGAUCGCUCGGGAAGUCGCCAACGAGGAGAGGGGCAUGUUCCUCAUCAGCGCGUCCUCUGCCGGGCCCGAGAUGUACGAGAUCCACACUGGCUCCAAGGAGGAGCGGGACGGAUGGAUGGAGGCCAUCCAGCAGGCCGUGGAGAGUUGCCCAGAAGAUGAGGGGAGGACCAGUGAGUCUGACACCGAGGAGAGACGGAAGGCUGAAGCGAGGCUAGCCAGACUCCAGCAAUGUCGAGAAAUCCUCAGUCACCAGGACCAGCAGAUCUGCUCUUAUCUGGAAGAGAAGCUGCACAUCUAUGCUGAGCUCGGACGGCUGAGCGGCUUUGUGGACGUCCACUUAGAGCCGCGCCUCCUCAUCACGCCUGACCCGGGGGAGCCGCCCCAGGCGGCCUCCCUGCUUGCAGCAGCCCUGAGGGAAGCCGAGAGCCUGCAGGUUGCCGUGAAGGCCUCCCAGAGAGGGGACUCGUCGGAGGACGGCUGUGGAGAAGCUGCCUGGAUGGCCCUGCUCAGCUCCCCGGCAUUGCUAUACAGGACCUGGUGA